UUUCGGCUGUCCAUUUCAGUAGUAGUUUUCGCGUCGGCCGCAGCACAACGAGCAAACGGAAACCGGAAACGGAAGUGGAAGUGAAAAAGUCAGUGGCUACAAAGCACAGUUAAUCGGGCUGUGAACCGAAAGCAGUUAAUAGACAACUGGGAACUGAGAACUGAGCGCAGUGAAGUGUUUGUUUUCGGCGUUAUCAGUGGAUGCACGCGUUUCCAGCUCUGAUUGCGAAUAGGGAUCGGGUCAGGGAUUGGUAUUGGGAUUCAUAUACAGAUUCAGGACCCCGGACGAACGGAGGAGGCGGCGAGCCGGAGAGGCGUGUCAGUAGCAGGUGGCUGAGCCGGUUAACCACAGUCCGACGGCAAAAACCUCCUCUCGGCCACAAACACUGGGCCACAAUUAACCGCAUGCCACAGCCGCAGUGAGAAAAAGCAAAUACCAAAAUCAAAACAGAACCACUCGGUGAAUGAAGGGAGAACAAUAACCGGAGAAAGACCAAAGGUGGAGUAAAAUGCGGCCUAAAUGCUUUGGCAAUUAUGCCAAUAUUGUUAACAAAAUACGAAAUGUAUCAAACUAAGUAAGGGCGACAGCACGAAGCCGCAGGAAUUACAAAGGACCCAGGAGCAAGGACCAAGGACCAAGGGAUUGGCGACGACAGGUGGCAGUUGGUCGCUUGGGACCUUUUUCCUCAAUUCAUUUCGUAAAGGCCCGAAAACAUCCCUCUCGAUUGCCGAAAAGCAACAGAGCUCAAAUUCGAAACCCAACCCAGCCAGCCAGCCACUAGCCCCAAUUGAAACCUCAAUAGAAAUACAAACGGAAGCCGAAACAAAAACUCACUUAGGUUGCCAUCCAAAUCAACGGCUGUCAGACAAAAAGUCGCUUUUUAUUGAUUUUUUAUAAAGCCAAGCAGCAACACCAAAAGCAAUGAACAGCACACAAUAAUAACACAAGCCGCAGAAGCAGAAACAAAAUAAAAAUAAUAACAAAAACAAAAACAAAAUGCGAACGCAAUGUGAAUAAUUCCCCAGUUGAACCGAAGUGAGCACGAAACAGAAAAACUGUUGGAAUAUUCCUCACCCCCACUCCCUCAGCCCCACUUUUCCCCCGUCCGCCAGGAUCUCCCACUAUAUAAUAGCCUACUAUCGGAACGUUCAUCAAAUGCGAUUCGAUUUGAUGACGUUUCAAACAGGAGACACCGGAGAGACGGACGCACACGGGGCCCCAUAAAAAUGUGUUAUAAAAAUACACACGCAUAAAUUUCCCCCUACCACCCCACAAGGACAUAAAUAUAUCAAAGCCAGGCCGGGGAAAAUUUAAUGCAAAUGUCAUUGGAAAAGUCAAUUAGCAGGAAAGCCAAUGAACAGAGCGGAAAUGCUGCAGCUGCACAAUUGCAAAAUUGAAAAUUGAUUACGAGUACAAGUACGAGGCACACAAACAAAUAAAACGGGAGUGUGGGGCAAAACAGCAAGACUGAUUUUAGUUUAGUUAGAUUAUUUUUAAAGCAACUAUUUUGUGAGGAAAAAAAAAACAGAAACUGCAACAACGAAUUAGCCAAGCGGAAACCCUAGCGAAAAAAAAGAAGAACCGACCGCCCACAUAGAAAGCAAGGGAAACCGGCAGCCAAGCAGCCAAGCAGCCAAACCAACUAGGGCAACAAAAGCAUCGACAUCCCCAACGAAAAGCAACCGGAUUCAUACGAAAGCAUGUUUGUGUUCAUAGCUGUGCUGUUUGUUAACGCUUGCCUAGCGGGCACCAUUCCGGCUACGCCGGAGAACAUAACCGUUACGUUUCUGACGCCCACGGCGGUCCGAGUGUCGUGGCAGACGCAAAUCGAUCUGAAGGCACAUCCCAUCGAGAAGUACAUCGUGACGUACAAGCCGACGGAUGACAGUUACAGGGUUGUACAGGACGUCGCUGGCAGCAGCGAGGCCAUUGUCCUGGAUCGCCUGCUGCCCAGCACACAGUACUCGCUCGUUGUGACGGCCAUUUGGCAGGGCAAGAAGUAUCGCAGUCGCGGUCAGAUCAAGUUCAAGACGCUGGAUCUGCCGAGGAACACCUCACAGCAGGACUUUCCGCCGGGUAUCUAUGGUAAUGGAAGCAACGGCGGUCGCAACGGCAGCGCAAAUGCCAGCAUCUUCGGCGACGAUGUGACCUCCACAGCCACGAACACCCUAACACAUGCAACUACCAGGGAAUUGCCCACUAUACGCGGCGUGGAGAUCGGCAUCGUCCUGAUCGUGCUGAUGGUGUGGGCCGGAGCCAUCGCGCUGUUCUUCAACCGAUGGGGCAAGAUCCGGAUGCUGCUGCCCUACCAGCCGGACUACAAGCACGAGCAGCUGAAGGUGCCGGGCACGGGAGUCUGCAGUGCCAGCGGAUGCAAUGGCCAGCACUCGCACCAGAACCUACACCCCGAUUUCUUUGUCAAGUUCGACAGCAGUGAAUGUGCCCACCCACCGUUGCACUGCAAUAGCCGCCACAUCCACAUGCUGGCCGAGGAGCACUCCACCUCCAUCUCGGAGCGCUGCACGCGCAGCCGGAUCAACUCGGCCAUCUUCGUGUCCUCGGAGGGACGGGGCUUCGACUCCAUCGAGUUCCUGCGCCGCCACGGAUCCCAGAGUGUGCUCUGCCGGAAGGCCAAGAGUGCCGAGAACAUCACGGACAACGGCCGCAGGAAGAGUCUGCGCCCAUGGCGCACCGACGAUGAAUCCUGCAAGCAGCAGCACCUCUCGCAGGACAGCAAUGACAUCGAGCUGAAGGAGUGCGGCGGCGCUGGAGGAGAGCUGCUCCGCCUGCCGGUCAUCCACGACGGCAAGCAGUCGCCCACGGCCGUUACAAGUCUGCUGGCUCGAUCGGCGGCCAUAACCACGGCCAACAUGAUCGUGGGCAGCAUUUCGCUGGAGGCACCGCCACCCUACAUGCAGGACGACGAGGGCGACACGCUGUCCACGGCGGCACUGAUCCACAGCGACGCGGCUGCCGUGGUCCACGAGUCGCAGGACUCGGCGGAGACGGUGGAGGAACUGGUGCAUGUGCCACUUCUGGCCAGUGCCACGGCCACGGCCAGUGUGUCGACCUCGUCCUCGCCCAGCAUUGCCAUCGAGGCCAAGCCGCGGGUCCUGGUGCAUCAGCGAUCCUCCACGGCCUCCUCGUCGCCGCACAGCAGCCCCAAGAACCUGGGCAACCUCGCGCUGAAGAUCGUCAAGCCCAAGAUCAGUGCCGUGCCAAUGGUUUCCGUAUCCGGUCCCUCGCCGCCCAUCGAGAAGCCACCGCUGGCGGAGUGCUUGUAACAAAUGGCAGCCGAAACAUUUAUCUAAGCUCGUGCUCAAGGCAACUGGACCCCGCAUCCUGGACAGUCCUUAAAUACCAAAAAUACCAAAAGUCCCAGACAACAAAACCCCAGUCCAAAUCCAAAUCCUACAUAAGUAAUCUAAGACGAGAAAAUUGAGUUGGAGAAAGUAUGCCAGCUGCUCAAAUAAGUGUUUCGGUGAGAGGCUUUAAAAUGGAGAACGCAAAAAAGUAAGUUCAAGGACAAGAUAUUAGGAUAAUAGGAUAGACACAAAAAGAUAUUGUACCAGUGGUCAUCACCAGGCAAAGAAAGCUUUGUAUAUUCAACAACGACUGAAGUAUACACAUAUGUACAUCAUAAACGAAAACAAUGGUAAUCUGUAGAACCUAAGGACUCGAGUCGAUUGCGUAUGUGUGUAUACAUACCUAUUAACUGAUAAAUCAGCUUUAACAACAAACAAGUAAACUAUCAGGCUUUAAUUAUACGACGAUGAUGAAUUUCUGGUUUAACCUAGUCUGUAGACUCACCCUAGCUGUUGAAACGAAUAAAUCAAUUCUCUUUAACUGUUCUCCUAUACAUAUAGCCAAAAAAAAAAAAACAAAAAAAAAACAAAACCACUUGGGCACCACAACUGUUAUACACGCGAUCUAUAUAGAUUUACUGAAUAUAUUUAUAUUUAUACACCCAGUAAAAUUACGUACAUGCGUCUAAGAGCCCUGCAAGAAUCGACAGGUGUUGAAACCUUUCUCAAGAUGUUUUAAUGAAUUAAAUACAGAAUUUCGAUUUGUUUGUUAAAACUGAAAAAAAGACCAGUUGAAUCAUGCAGGACUCUACUACGUAUCCUAGAGGUAUUCGGACCCACUCUAUACACUUAGCACUUAUUGUUAAGACGACGAAAUCACAUAGUCCAAAUGUUACUUGCUAACAUAUCAAUUACUCUACUGUACCCACGACCAAAGCGAAACGUUUGAAACUGUAAACUAGUCGAUAAUUAGCGGUAAGCAUUAUAUUUCAAAACCACUAACUAAAUGUAGAGUUUUUGUCAAGUAAGUGCCCUGGAUGACUUCUGAGAGUGUUUUUAAAACCAGAUUCUUACAUGUAUCCCGUGUAGAUGUUUCUGUAGCUCGAACUUUACCCCAUGCAAAAGAUUAUAACAGACCUUAAGCGUACAUAUUGAUGGAUUUAUAGAAGUUUAUAUAGUGAAGUUAUUAUAGGAAUCUCCAGCUAGCACCAAGCCCCAUUUGCUCCUGCUCACUGAUUUAGGUAGUCUCUAUACAUAUUAGUUAUGAUACUCCAAAUUUUAUCUUUCCACCUGUGCGUUAGACACUUGAAAUCUCUCCUAUCCAGUUCGUUUAAAUGAAAUAACAAAAGAAAAUGUAAAUAAACACCGCACUUGUACCUACAACAACUGAAACACUCUUCAGUGGAACACAAACAUUGUAAUUAAGGAAUUGUCAAUUUAUGGUCCAAAGCUACAAUAAAUAGAACAUCAUUUGGAUGGUUCAGCAGUAAGCUUAACUAAGUUCUAGUUACGUUCGAUUCGCUAACGCAAAACAAAAAUAAAAAUGUGUGAAUGUGUAUUUUUGAAAUCAAAUAAACGAAUUACAUAAAUGUAA